AUGAAUGAAGAUCACGAGCAUACCCAAUCGUCCCUCAUGAACACAUCAAUACUGUCUAACAAGCGCAGUAAUUUUCAGUUUACGUAUGAUUCAGAGACUAAUUUGCUUUUGUUGAUUCACAAGUAUAAGGAAGACAUAUUCACGAGGGGAAAUAUCAUUAAAACAUGGGAAAAAGUAUUGCAAGAGUUUAAUGAACAAUAUAAUGCGAACAUUAUACAAAGCAGAACUAUAAAUCACCGAUUUCAGAUCUUGAAGAAAAAUUUAGAAAACAGGUUAAAACAUGAGAACCAGCCAUUGGAUCAGCUAUCCCUCAAUGAAAAUGAAAAACUAUUAAUUGACAUCAUAGAUUAUAUGUACAAGAAUAACUAUACCGACGUGAACCCUUAUUCCUUAGGGGGCGGCGUGAUCUCGGCAAAUGAACAGAUGCAUCAUACAUCAACAUCGGCAAUCCAAAAUCAACAUCAACAUCAUUUAUCAACCACAGAUAUCACUCAAAUUAGUCCGAAUACUUUUACAAACAAAUUAAAUCAAGAAAGAGCUCAAUAUUUAAUGUCUCAGGAAUUUGAUCAAUCUGUUAAUCAAUUCCAAUCUGGAAUGGGGAUUUCGCAUGCAAUACAACAGCAGACCCAACCUCAAUCGCAACCUCAAUCACAACCUCAACCACAAACUCAGCAACAACUGGCUGCAUCUACUUCAUCAAGUCAUCUACAACAGCAUCCUAGUUCACAUCAAAUUAGUAUCUCCAAGGACAUUGUUCCGGGGUUUCCUCCACCACUUGCUCAAUCGGAAAUGAUUGAUGAUACAAGCCGACUUCCGACACAAGCUGGGGCGCUUAUACAAACAAGCAGCCAUUCCUCUCCACAAAUAAUGUAUAAAUCAGAUGUUAACCUUUCUAGUACAACAUUGCAACAAGAUCAUAUAGCUGUCCAAUCUGAGCCUGCUCAUUCCAGCAGACACCUGGCUACCCCACAAUUACCUCAUUCACAACCAGAUCAACAAAUACAACAAGAUCCGCUGAUAGAGCACAGGUCACGUCAGCUCUCAACAUCACAACUAUCUCCUACAAUUCACUAUGACACUUCCCCUCAACAACACGCAGAACAGCAACAACAACAUCAUCAUCCCCAACAACAUCAACAUCAGCACCAGCACCACCAUCAUCAUCCUCAACAACAACAAAGUUCCAUUAAUUACACAUACACUCUGAAUCCUCAGCUUUCUCAACACCACUCAACUGACACUCAAGAGCCUUCAGUAACUUUUUUAUUACAACAACUUCUAGUUUCUCAAAAUCAAGUCAGUUUAUCAAUUAAUGCCCUUAGGGAUGAUUUAAGAAAUUUUAAAGUACAAACAUAUCAAAGAAUUGACGAUUUAAUUAAUGCUCAGCAAUUACAAAAUAAUAAUAGAAUUUAUGAAAAGUUAGAUACACUAAUAGAGAUGCUUCGCAAUAGAUCAUUAAAGAGUAAUAGUAGUAGUUCUGGUGAUGAUGAAAUGACUCAAGAAGAUCAUUCAGGAAAUAGUCAUGAACAAACAACAAGUAGUGAGUGA